GCAAACGACUCAAUCUACCCUUUAUUGGCUUCAAUUAUAAAGGAAAAGAUUUUACUAAAGCAUUUGUUUGUGCCAAUGGGCUGGUAAAAUUUAAUGAUCGCGCCUACGAAUUAAAUCCUCGAAAUUUCGGUACUUAUGGCGAACAAGAAAACGACGCGGCUUGUUUUGCACCAUACUGGUCCUCUGUUGACUUGAAUUAUUUUGAAAAUGGACAGUCGAAGGUGUUUUUUAAGAAAUAUAAAAAUCAAAAUAACGACCCUCGUGGCGUGUUCUCAAAAGCUAGAGGGUAUGGUAAUAGCCUAUGGAAAGCAGACCUAAACGGAGCAAACUACGAUCCCCUUUGGGUAACGGUCAUAACUUGGGUCGAUCUCCGACCAAAGCAACCCGGUGAUGCUACAUACCUUGGCAGAAACACUUUUCAACUAUUCCUGGCUACCAGUAAGUCAAAUCAGGCACUUGUCGUCUAUAUUUACAAGGACAUUGACUGGUCAAUCGGAGUGAACAGGGACAUGUACUCAAAUUGGGCCGAAACGAGUGACUUGCCUGUUAUCGGUUAUAAUUCUGGUCAAAAAGAUGACAAAGAGCCGUACAAAAAUUAUGAAAGUUCCGGUACUGUUAACGCAGAAGAGGUUGAUGAUUAUUUUAAUCCCAACUUACUAAGGCGAGGCGAAAUUGGGUAUAGUCUCAAAAAAAUGGUCGUAAAGCCUCCAACAAGUGCUGAAAAAUGUUCCGAGUGGGUAAAUGAACAGAUGUUCAGUGGGAAUACAAGAAGAUCUUGUAAGCUAGGAUGUGCCCCCACGCUUAGAUUAGCUCGGCUUAGUUUGCGCGGACGUUUUUGGGCAUUAUGGCGAAGGUUUAAACGGACAAAUAUCAGGUUCUUUGACACCUUCUGUAUACUAAGUGCUCGUUGGGGACGGAUAGAUGCAGACGAAUGCUGUUAUCUAAAUGUUUGGUGGCUUGGCUAUCCCCUUUACAGCGCGCCAGGACCAGGUGCAGGUUACUGGCGUCUAUACCAUCCGUCCCGGAACUUCCAAAAGUACUUGGAGGAGGAGAACGCUUACGAAAAUUGCUGCACCAAACUAGAUAGCACUCGGCAAUCGUGCGGGAAAUUUUACAGUAUUCGCCCGCCAUGCACCAGUCUUUUUUGGAGAUUCCCGUCAAGAUGGGGGCGCAUGUUUGGUGAUCCACACUUUAUUUCACUCGAUGGGAAAAACUACACAUUCAAUGGCUGUGGAUGGUUUACGUAUUUCAAAGGCGAAAUGCCAGGUACCAACGAAAGCUCUCUUGUGGUGCAAGUUCGCACAACAAGGGUUGGAAAUGUUAAUGCAACUGGCUUUACAGGAAUUGCUGUCAAGGAGGGUAAUUCGGAAACCGUUCAAAUAAACCUAAACGAAGGAGGUGGUCUGCUUGUACAUGUUGAUGGUAAUGAGUUCACUCCGGGUUCAAAUGCAACAACACUAGAGAGUGGUGUUACUCUAUCUUAUAUCAAUAACACAUUUGAGGUUGGAACACCUCUUGGAAAUGGAGUAAGAAUCAAUGAAGCAGCAAACGGCACUUUUUUUACAUUCGUGACAUCGUUUUUAAAAUCUUACGAGAACUCAUCACUUGGAUUAGCAGGAAAAUGGAAUGGGAAAAUAGAGGACGACUUCACGUUACCAAAUGGAACAGCUUUACCAAUUGAUUUGAGUGACUCUGAUAUAUUUCAUAAGUUCGGGGAAGCGUGGAGAGUAAAUGAAGACGAAAAAAUAUACCGAAACAUAGAUGAUGAUACACCUGCGUACAAAUGUCCAAGCAGUUUUGUUCCAAUAUUUUUUGACCAAGCAAUAAAAGAUAUGAACGAAACAUUGAGAGCAGAAGCUGAAAGUGUUUGUGGUAAUGAUGUCACCUGUCUUUUUGACAUCGCAGCAACAAACGAUGUUGCAAUUGGAAAAUCAACGCUGACAGAAAUCACGUCUAUAAACAAUGAAGUCGCAGAAAUUGAAAAUAAUCUACCGGUGUUCAAAGAAAAUUUGACUGUCAUCAACGUUACCUUAGGAGAGACAUUCACAAUAACACUUGAAGCCGAAGAUCCGGAUGGCGAUGAUAUUAUGUUUGACGUUCCAAAUUUUCCACCUGGUGCAACAUAUACAACCAAUGGCAAUCAAUUGAUUUUCGUUUGGCCUGUGGAUUCUCCUGAUCCGGCCAAUAUAACAUUUUUGGUUCAAGAUACAAAAAACGCAAGUACGACGCUUUCUCCAUACAUCCAACUCUGCCGGUGUCUAAACGGUAGCGGAUGCUUUGUUCCUGAAGCAUCGUCAGAACAAACGGCAGCUAUCAAAAAUACUUUUCUCGUUAUGUCCUGUAAUUGCCCGCUUGGUUACACUGGGGAAUUCUGUGAAACCGUAAAAGAUUUCUGCAGGGGACAUUUGACACCGCCGUGUCAUCCUUUGGUCACGUGCGCCAACUCUCCGACGGGCUUCACUUGUGGGACUUGCCCUCAAGGAUACGAAGGCGAUGGAGCUAUUUGUAGUGAUAUCAAUGAAUGCGGAGCUAAUGAGACUGUUUGCGAACAAAAGUGUACCAAUACAGCUGGUUCCUACUUUUGUGGGUGCAAUGAUGGAUUCUCAUUAGAUUUGAGUGAUGGAAAAACGUGUAAUGACAUAGACGAAUGCGCCAAAGCCAACGACUGUAGUCAGCUGUGCAACAACACAAUCGGCUCAUAUAAUUGCUAUUGCAGGAUCGGAUUCUUGACCGAUCCUGACAACGCCAAGUCUUGUACAGCAAAAACGCAAUGUGAUCAAAGCAAUCCAUGUCAGCAGAUUUGUUUUAUUGAUCCGCUCCAGGUUGGACAGGAGAAAUGUGAUUGUAAUCUUGGAUACCGUCUUGCAACAGAUUCAACAACUUGUGAAGGUUAG